AUGACGGGGGACCCAGGAAGGGUCCGAUCAGGCGUGGACGCGCACGGCGGACCCCUCCGGUCUCGCCCCUGCGCACCCCGCGCGGCUCGGGAGCACUUUGCAGCUAGGAAGGUGCAUCUGGCCCGCCUCUGGCUAGAGGGUGGCGAGAAGCAGGGAAACGUCCCCUUUCUAAACGAGACGGCAGAGCUGGAGGCGCGUUGGUCCAGCUUUCAUUUUACCGUUAGAAAGGGGGAAACUGAGGCCCAGGGAGAGGCGGGACUUGCCCGAGAUCCCGCCGUGAAUGUCCGUUUUGCCCCGGGUGACACAUGGGGGGUGACGAAGGCCAGAAAGGGUGUAAACGCCGCCCCGCCCGCCGGCCCCUGCGCGGGCAACCCCCAACUGGCAAGGUCGACGGGACCCUGCACACCGCAGGGAGGAUGGAAAGGGGCCGCUCUGCGCCCCUGCCUGCCCCAGCCCUCCUUUCACCAGCUCCCCCCGGGGCUGUGGGGGCUCCGUCCCUGGAUCAGCCGGGGGACACCCCCCUUCCCAAGAGCCGGGGAAGGGAGUGGUUCCUCUGAGACCUGGGGCAAAGAGCGUCUGCCCGGAAGAGCGGGUCACUCCGAGGUGCGGGUCACUCCGAGGUGCGGGUCCCCCGAAGCCACGAGGGGGCCAAAGGACCGGGCAGAAGAGCAAAAACAGCGGAGCGGUGGGGGGCGCGCUCCCGCCUCCGUGGCCGCUGGUGGUGCGCGAAGCGGGUGCGCCCGAGAGGGGAGCGCGCGGGGCGGGGGCGCGUGGAAAGUGCGCGCGAGGUGGUACGAGCGGGGCAGGUGCGCCCUCGAGGGGUGCUCGCGGGCCGGGGGCGCGCGAGGCAGAGCGCGCAGGGGAUGCGCGGGGCGGUGGGUGUGCCCGAGGUGCGGGUACGCGCGAGAUGGGCGCGCGCCGGGCAGGUGUACCCGCGAGGUGUGAGAUGGGCGCGCGCGGGGCGGGAGCGCGCGAGAUGGGUGCGCAGGGGGCGGGGGCUCGCGG